AUGCUCCAAAAGUUUGUUGGUUUAAAGUCCAUUUAAAUCUGCACUAUUCCUGAUGGCACUGGAACAGCACGCAGUUUAUCGUUAGAUCUUUAUUUGGGCAAAGAAUGGCGUUCACUUUUUCGCAAGGUGGCAUUGACUUGACCAAUGGCGAUUUAGUCUACGAAACAGACGCUGAACCCAUUACAGAUCCAAAUGUUAAUGGUAACGUGAAUCCAAAAUAUUCUGACAGUGCAGCCGACCGUGUGCCAAUCAGAAAAAAUACGCAGAUUGAAGACUCUGAUAUUGACGCUUGUCCGAUCGAUUGCGACCAACUUGUCAGAAAUGCAGCAAUGACAACCGACCCUGGCCAGUUCAAAUUCGAAAACAGCGCAGUUGAAAUCUCCAAUUCUUCAAGUGUCCGCAUUGGCAAUAGUUUCAAUCAGAAAACGGAUAUUACAUUUGAUAGAGCAACUUCAGUCAUAGUUGAUCGACGACAGUGGAACUACAUAAAUUGUCCGGAUUCCAAGAACGUCCCCUUCCAAAGAUCGGAGAGUCGCAUGGUUAUUGUCGACAAAGUCCAAACAUUUAAUCAGGACAGGUACCGCAACCGUUUGGCUUACUUCACUCCCUUGCCGUGGUGUACCUGGUUCAGUCCUCAUUUGGAUAAUCUUUAUACAGCACUUCAGCUUGUCACAAGCGACCGCUUCGAUGGCCGGUCUGGCCCCACCUUAAUUUCUCUUGAGCAAAUUGUGCAAGAAAAGCAGAGCGAGUUUCCACUUAAAAAUGGGGGCCGCCCGUGCCGUGUACUCAUCGAAGGUAAUCCUGGUUACGGAAAAACCACACUAACCUUGAAGAUGGCCUUUGACUGGGCAGCAAAAAAGGAGUAUAUUGACAAAUUUCAUCUCGUCUUUCUCAUCCCACUGAGAGACUUCCAAGGAGACUUGCAGAGUUAUCUAUUUAACGAAUUUUUCCCGCAACACGAAUCGUUGGAAGACCGAGAAGACUGGUGGAACUACAUUAAAGAAAACCAUCAGAGCAUAUUAUUCAUUUUGGACGGACUUGAUGAAUUAUCGUCCGAACAUCGAGCUCCUAUAGACAUGCUACUCAAGGGCAACAUAUUCGACAAGGUGAGUGUAGUGGUGACCUCGAGAUCGGUCUCAUCAGACGACAACAUUCUGAGUUAUUUCAACCGGCGCAUUGAAAUCCGCGGUUUCGGAUUGGGACAAACAGAGCAGUUUAUUCAGAACUAUUUCCAAAUCAAGGAAAAGCCGAAUUUGGGUACCAAGCUAAUCAACCUCCUUGACGGACCGUAUUCAAGCAGCCGACAUCUCGCUUCUUGCCCGUUAACGUGCCUUUUCCUUUGCGUCGUCUUCGAAGACGAAGGCAAUGAAAAUCAAGAGAAAGGCACAAUAAAUGAUGGCAUAUUGCACAAGAUGACCCAAAUCUACCAAGGACUUGUUAAUUGGCUUGUUCGAAGGGCGCUGAAUAAGAAGCAAAUCUCAGGAAUCCAGGAUGGAUCGGCUGCAAUGUCUUCAACGUCAUUUUAUACUCAGCAAGAUUAUGAAAAAGCCCUCUCCGAUUUCGGUCUGUUGUGUCUUCAGGCUUUAGCACGAGGUGGCACUCAGUUCACUCAUGAGCAGUUGAAAGAACUACCGGAUAACAGCUGUGAGCUAGUGCUGGAAUUGGGUCUGAUGAUCCGCAGGAGCGCACCUCGCAGCACUACACUAUGCAUCCCGAAAAACCCCUGCUAUCAACCAAUCCACAAGGCGUUUUUGGAGUAUUUGGCCGCUUGGUACUUGUCCGGCUCACUUGAAGAGCGCUUUGUCGAACAUUUCAGCUUACUGCAAUCCAGUUUCAUUUCGCGUGAAAGCCUCAAUUUGAUUUUCAAGUUCUUGGCUGGAUUGUUGGCAGAGAACGCUGCAGUCUUCUUCCGUUUGCAUCAUCUUUCAGCGUUUGAACUUCCAGUCAUAACCCUCUUCGAGCUGCUACGUGAAAGUGGCGCUACCUCUGACAAUGUGCGAGCCUUGUCAUCUAUUCUCGACAGUGAAAUAGUCGUCGUCCGAUCAAAUCAGAUCGAGCUGGAUGGCUGGGCCGGACUGCUUGCUGAACCGGACUGUCCUAUUCGCUCAAUCAAAUUCGUCUGGGCUGACGCGCCGUUUAACAGCGCCGCCCUGGAUCGUUUCUUCACGGCUUUUCAGACCAAUCGUUCUGUUAUUUGCCUAGUUGUUAGUGCAGCUUGCGGGCUUUCGCCGGACGAGAAUGAUGUAGUGGCCAUGGGAGCUUUCACAGUGCAGGCACUGAAGAAAACUCAACUACGUCACUUUAGUCUGCACUUGAUUGGCGACACCUGGGCCACUAAAGUUAUUACGGCCGUUAACAACACGCUCAACUAUCGCUACGUUGCUUUUUCCUUGACUUCUAUCAAGAUAAGCGUUGAUGUUGGAACUCAGCAAGUCGUCGCGCUCAGCCAAGGACUGCGCCAAUCUAAUGUGAAAUCUCUCGUCCUGUCAAAACUAUCUUGCGGACCAGAAGGCUACGUUUCGAUCGCUUCUCUUUUGAAAUCUCUCCAGCACCUCUCAGUUUCUUUAAAUCUGCUCAAAACACUGCCACCAUCCAGAGUGGAUAAGCGCUUUGAAGAAGGUUCUCCAGGAGAUUUACAGACGUUGGAAUCUUAUUUUAAUGCUGCGGCACGUCAACGUGCUGGAAUAAAAGUUCCGGAACCUAUAGGUCCAAGAAAGUCAGUCGAUACUAGCUCAUCAUCAGUCUCUGCUAAGCACGCUGAAGAAACUUCCCAGAACGAAGCAAACUUGUUAGCAUUGAUUUUGUCUGUGUUGGAAUCCAACAAUCACGGUGAUUUCAAGCUCCAAGAUGGACUAAGGUUGCCAGGCAUCUUGGUUCCGAAUGCACUAGGGUUCUUUAAACUAAAUGAACCUGAGUGUUUACAAGGUAGCCACACAAGCGGUUUUCAUUCACUUUUUGUCGCUCUGCAAGCGCCAGACUGUCAGUUGUCCAGAUUGGAUUUAACGGGAUGCUGCUUGGAACCGAUGGAUUUGAACUGUUUAGGGCAAGCCAUACGUCACAGCCAAAGUCUUAAGUCUCUUCGGUUAGCAAAAUUGAAAAGAUUUGAAGAAGUCAUUCCUAUUCUAAUCAACACUAAUUUGACCUGGUUAGACGUCUCGUCUGGAUAUAUUAGCAUCGGUAAAGGAAGUAUAAUCAAGCUGGUUUAUGCUCUGUCAACCGCUUUGAAGCUGGUGUCGCUUUCUUUGGCUGGAUGGAAGUUUACGAUCGACAACAUCUCUAUUCUUAGAAUAGUAGAUCGAUUUAUGAGAUCUAGUCCACUGCAGGAGUUGAACUUGAACGGUUGUCGGUUCUUGAUACAAUUGCCUUUACAUACUGUACCAGUACCUCCCAUUGGUACUUCAUGCAUGUCCAUAAUCAGUCAAAUUGCGACAAACCCAAAUCAUGACCAAUCUCCAAGGUCAAAUUUAACACAAAUGUUUGGCGCGUUUCGUCUCAAGUUCCCUACCGGAAAUUCGAAUCAACCAUCUCCAAACGAUCCCCUUUUUAACUCCAAAUGUCCUGAAGAUUGCGAGGAAAUUCAAAGUAAGGAAGACAUGGAAUUUUACAGUGAUAACCUUAACGUCAAAAGUCAAUGGCCUCACUUGACGAAGCUCUCUUUGACAGAAACAGUCGCAUCGUUUCAGGGAGUGGACAAAAAGGAAGUUGAGGUGGUGGGAGGUCCAGAACUUUUUGUUUUACUGGACCAGCUGAGGAAUUUGACAGAGUUGUCAGUCAGCAUGAAACCCAAGAUGCCAGAGAGCGCCGCACCUGUUCCUUCCAUUCCACCGUUGAACGACGCAUCCACCAAGAAAUUCUUCCGUUCCGUUCACCAACGACUUGGCCGGAAACUGACAAGAUUGUGCAUGUCGUUUUGCUCCAUCGCUUGGCAGCGGCCAUCGCAAACAGCUGCCACGUUGAUUCGUCGUCUACAGAAGUGCGAGAAACUUGUGGAACUUGAAUUCAAUUUUCUACAGUUCUGCGCAACCGCAGAGUCAGCAUGUCCGGUUACAGCGUCAGCUGUGAAACCGAAUCAGCAGUUACACGUGGGCCAAGGUGAGCCCAUUCAUUGGCUUCUGUAUGCAGUUAUUGCUGGUUGUCCACGUUUGGAAGAACUAUCUCUUAUUGGAACGACGCUAACCUUGACGCAAGCUUAUAACUUGGGAUUACAAAUUCGCGAUCGAUGGAGAGGCACCACAUUACGGAUUCACAUCUGGCGCACUAGUAACGACGAACACCAAACUGCUGAAAUAAUUUCAAUGAACUUGUUACACGCACUGAAGAACGAUAGCAAAUUUGAAACGGAUUUCAUCGGCGGUUUCAGAGCCACGGUCCUGAUUCGUCGCCGGAAGCAUCUGUGUAGUCUUGGAGCGCGCCUUAAUGACAUAAAAAUCGGGUUGCCUAAACUGCUACCGCUGUUUUGCUCUUCAAGCAGUGAACUGUUUAAUUUCCGGGUGAACGGAGCUAACGAUCAGCAAGAAAAUAUGGGAAAUGACAAUAUCGAAGAAUUAUGCUCUACGCUACCCCCGAGUUUAAGAUCACUUUUCGGACUAACUCCAUUUGAUUAUUCUAUCAUGCUAGCUCAUAACUGGGAUUCAAAUAUUUCGUGAUUGUGUCUUGCCUAAAACAGGCUAAGUAUAUUCUUCUCGUCUAUUUACAAAAUGUUAUUCCGAAUCAUGGGGAUUCUUCUUCAGACUCUUCCAAAACUUGUUAAUUUUGGCAAAUCCAUAUCGGACGGCUUUGACGAACCCGGCAGUUGGUAUUCCUUUAAUACUUUGAGUCCAACUUGAAGCUUUGACUGUUUUUUGUACAGCUGCAAAUAUACCAAGUGAUAUGUCAUUAUAGAAA